CAUGUCAGAUGUUUAUGAUGCCGCCCCAAAACAUUCCCGCAGAUCGUGUUUCAUCAUUAGUCAAGGCUCUCUGACCGCAUAGCCGCCAUGUCAUACCAUUCCCCGCGUCAGUCGCAGACGCAGUUUCAGUUCAACCCCUCCCCCCCGCCGCCGCCUCCCCCGAAACCGUCAGCCCACUCCAGCGGACAGGCAACUUCACAGCCUCCGCUCCCUCCUCUGCCGCCUGGCCAGCAGUACUAUGAUCAGCAGCAGCCACCUCAGCAGUAUCCCCAAGGCCAUUCUCAGCAGGACGCCAAUGAACAGAAUGGCGUACCACUGCCCGAGGACGGCUGGCUACCUGAUAUCAUAAAAGACAAGACGACUGUCGAUCUGCACCACAUCUUGCAGAAUCCCGAUCUACAGCAUGCCAUACUCCACAACCCCCAGACCACACACCCCUUGCUUCCAGCCUCGACCGCGCCGCUGCAAAGCCUCCUUUCAGCCAAUCUAGCCCUUGCGGAUUCCUUGAAAGCGUUGGAGUCACACCUCCAGCAUCAGCGUCAGAGCACACAGUCCCGCCUCCUGUCACUGCGCGCGCUAGAACGCCAAUGGCAGGCCAAGCAAGGUGAACAGGACGCUGCGCUGCGGGAAUUUAGUCCACCAGCGCUAUAUCAGCGUCUUAGCGCCGCAGUGGGAGAGCAGGAAGCGCUGUGUCGAGGAUUGGAAGAGAGCUUCCUGGACGGCGAAGCCGGCAGUGGCGCCCUAGCGAGCGAAAGAGAAGUGGCGGAGUUCGUAAGGCGGCUGAAAGAGAGUCGCAAGGUUGCCUACUUAAGAACAGAAAGAAAGGAGAGGUGGGAUGCUGGGAGAGUGGGUGGCUGGAGGUGAAACCUGACACUUUGAAGCAUGAAGACUUCCUGCAGAGUUGUGUUUCAACUAUCUACGCCAUACCAUUUCGACGAAGUUGUAUUGCAUGGUAUAAUCUCGACUUAGACCUGAAGGCUAUAAAGGAGUAUACAAGGGAAAGACAGCCACAUCUGUCCGCACGGACGAUGUGCCGAUGCAUCUCAUGAUAGAGAGCUUACUAAAGCCACAAAGCACCGCACAAGGUCUUGAGUAAAAGGGGAGAAGUUAGAGAGCAUGCAUCAACGCUGCGUAUCCGUUGAGUAAGGAGCUGGGCUCUAUCAUCCUCUCAAGAUCUCACUCAAGAACGGGCUUCUGGAUCCUGUUGGAACUAUGCAAGAGGUGUGAUUCAAAUCUCAUAGC